AACAAACGUGCUUUUCCGGCUCCCCUCUUAUAACUAUCAAAUUUUCCCAUGCUCAGAUCGGAACUUCAAGCCUCCACGAGCGUUCGCGUGGUUGACUAAAUUUUGAUGCGCAUACGUAUUUCUUGUUUAUCGUGGUCACACAGAGCUCAUAUGGUCGGGGUCGCAUUGCCCAUCGUCAUUUCCCUCUUAUCAUACCGCAUGUUACCUGCGCACCUAUCCGAAGGUAUGUCAUCUCUAAUCGCGUUACAUACAACACGGCAGUAUAUAGGGUGGGAACCAGGAGUUGCCUUAAGUUAAGGGUGCUAUUCGACUCGGAUCCUUCCAAGGAAUUGUGCGUCGUCUUUGAAUAGUGAUCACAUGUAGUGGGGGUUGAAGGCGUCUGUGUUUCGUUUCGAUCAGUUCGCUGGGGUGUUAAGGAAUUGUGUUCGAUCCUUGUGAACUGGAUUUUUCAGUUCCGUGAGAGAUUCGGUGCCCAACGGUUGUGGGAGAUCGCGUGCACGGUUUUGUUCCGUAAAAAGAUAUUUUGAAAUUAUGAAUAAUGUCUUAGAGUGUGGGUGCAUUUGUUUGUUUUGCAUGAAAAUUUGUAUUCCUAAUUAUUGAAAUUAGAGAGAAUUUAUCACUUCGGCUGGACAAUUUUAUAACAAGUGCUUUAUCAGCUCUAUCAUAGCCCAUGGAUUACUUCUAACAUUUGUGUAAUGUUUUAAAAUUGUGGAAUACCAGUAACAGGAGGAGUGAACACAACAGUUCUAAUCACAAGUGCUUCUUUGAAUAAUCUUAAGUUUUGUCUAAGCAACGGAUAAACUAGUUCACCAAAAUGAUGCCGACACGUGAUGACGAUUUUGAUGCUGAAAACAAUAAUUUUAGUGGAAUUAAUAGCAAUGAUGGAAUUAAUAAUAAUUUGUCAUCAUCAUCGCGAUUAUCGCAAAACCCAACGGGAUUAUCAAAAGCCGAACUCAGAAAGAGUAACAAACCCAUAAUGGAGAAACGCAGACGAGCAAGGAUUAAUCAAUCGUUGAAUAAAAUGAAGUCUUUAAUGUUAGAGGCGAUGAAGAAGGACCCUGCUCGUCAUACAAAACUGGAAAAGGCGGAUAUCCUGGAAAUGACUGUAAAAUAUCUUCAAUCCGUUCAACGGCAACAACUAUCUAUGGCGAUUCAAAGCGAUCCGACUGUGGUGCAUAAAUUCAAAGCUGGUUUUACAGAAUGCGCGGAAGAAGUGAUACGUUACGUCAGCACUUUAGAUGGGGUUGAAACAGGGGUGAAAGCAAGAUUAGCCAAUCAUUUGAACAGUUGUGCGGCAGGCCUCGAACAAAUCGGAACAUUUAGCAGCUUCACGGCUGGAUAUCGAUCCAACUCUUCAGCGUUCGCAUCGCAGUUUCCAGCAACAGCUUCACACGCCGCAAGUUCGGCGUUUCCUUUACCUCAAGAUAUGAACAAUAACGGCCGCAUACAAAUGGGAGGAGUCCAGCUGAUUCCAUCCCGCUUGCCAUCAGGAGAGAUUGCUUUGAUAAUGCCAAACAGCACGAAUAUUCCGUUUUUUCCUGCAACAAUACCAACAGCGCAAAACUUAGACUUCUCGUCACCGUUUUCAAGAAGCAGCGCGUUCAGCAAACCUAGUGUUAUAGGAGGUCAUCGUCCAAGUACACAUACAGCAACAUCAUCAAGCCCACCCCUCAGUCCUAUCUCGUCGAUCUCCAGUUGCGGGGAUGAUUCAAUGCACACCAGUUCAGAUUUUCAUGUGAAAACUCCUCCGCUUAGUCAAAGUCUCAGCAGUUCCUUCGAAACCCCACCGAGUGCCGAACCGUAUAAGUUUGUCUCCCUAACUGGUCACCUUCAACAACAGCAUGUUUCGUCCACCAGCGAACUGCAGAAAGAUCCACUGAGGGAAGCAAAGAAACGAAUCCAUACGGACGAUGAAGGUUUUCAAGGACCUCAGAAGAAAGCGAAACUGGAUUAUUCGGGAAAAAAUGAAAAUUUAACCAAAGAGGACCAGAAUGCCGAGGAAGGCAAUAGUGAUAUGUGGAGGCCAUGGUAGAAUCUGGUCAUAUAAUUAAUAAGAAAAUCUGGUGCACUAUUUAGGUUCUUAAAAAAUAUUGUGUAUAUAUUAAUGUUAAGUUUCAAGAGAAUUACGGUUGCCUAGA